AUGAGCGACGACGAUGAUUUCGAGGUCGAUACGCCUGAAUUGGCAGCGGAUGAUCUCAUGAGGGCAUUCCUGCCGCAGUCCUUUGGAAAGAAAACCAAAGAGGCAGAUGUUGCGGCGCAAAUUGGGCGCACAAAAAGGGUGGUUGAUAAAGCUUCAGUGCAGGCAAUUCCAGCAAUUGCAUCACAGGAAGUAGAAGCAGGGACCGAGAGCCGGGCAAAUCAAGAGCCAGCAUUGAAGGACUACGGAUCCGACGACUCAGACGACUCAGACGACUCCGACGAAUCUGAAGAGGACGAAUUUCCCGUCUCCCAUGAACUGGUCCUAAAAACCCACGAUCGCGCAGUCACCACCACGGCCCUCGACCCCUCGGGAUCACGGUUAAUCAGUGGCUCUAUAGAUUGUACCCUCAAGCUGCACGACUUUGCUUCUAUGACACCUACAACAUUACGAGCAUUCAAAAGUGUUGACCCAAGUGCUUCGAAAACGUCGACCAAUUCCGAGACACAUCCUAUCAACCAUGUGGAAUUCAAUCCCCUCUCAGGAGGCACCUUCCUAUGCGUAUCGGCACAUCCUCAAGCAAAAGUGAUGAGCAGAGAUGGUGAGGUGCUGGCAGAAUUCCAAAAGGGAGAUAUGUAUUUAAGGGAUAUGAACAACACUAAGGGACAUAUCUCGGAAGUAACAACCGGCACAUGGAAUCCAGCAAACAGAGACAUUUGCGUCACGGCUGGUACAGACAGCACGUUGCGAAUUUGGGAUGUCAAUUUCCGGAGAAGUCAAAAAGAAGUGAUUGUGCAUAAGUCGAGAGCAGCAGGUUCGGCGGGAAGAACGAGAAUGACUGCGGUGGUAUGGGGAAGUCCUUUGCAGGGUGGCAGUAAUAUCUUGGUUGCAACGGCCCUGGAUGGAAGUCUCGUUAUGUGGAGUGGCGAUGGACCUUUUGCCAGACCGACAGCAGAAAUUAGAGAAGCCCAUACACCAAAUACAUGGACCGGGGGCCUUGAUAUAAGCCCCGAUGGUCGAAUGGUUGUCACCAGAGGUGGUGAUAACCUUAUCAAGUUAUGGGAUACACGAAGGUUCAAGACACCUGUGGUUACCGUAUCCCAUCCUUCAACGUCAGAUCAUUAUUCCAUGACGAAUAUCAAGUAUUCUCCCAAUGGAUCCAGCAUCUUGACAGGAUCAGUAUCUGGUCACCUGCACAUAUUAAAUCCAGGAAAUUUAAAACCAGAACUUGUCACGCCAGUAACUCCAGGAUCGCCAUUAAUUACAGUGCAAUGGCAUCCAAAGCUCAAUCAAAUUGUAACAGGAUCCGCCAACUCAGAAGUUCACGUGCUUUACAAUCCAAAUACCUCUUCCCGAGGAGCAGUGGAUGUUAUGUCCCGAGCCCCUAAGAAGCGCCACGUCGACGAUGACCCCAACUUUACCACCGACCAAUCAACGGGAAUUUCUGGAGACAGCAUCAUCACUCCAGGAGGCGUUCUAACAAACACCAAUACCUCCUCCUACGCAGCUCGCCAUCCCACAGUGGGCCUCACAGCCUCUGGCAGAUCCCGUGAUCCUCGCAGACCACAAAUCCCUAUGGUCACUCCUUUCAUGAAAUCUAAACCUGAUGAGCAGUUUAUUAAUGACAGUAUCCCACUGAGUAGUAUGCGUGAUGAAGACCCUCGCGAAGCUUUAUUGAAAUACGCAGAUUUGGCGAAGAAUGAUCCAAUGUUCACGAAUGCGUGGAAGGAGACUCAGCCCGUGACUCAAUAUCGGGAGGCGAGUGAUGACGAAGAUGAUGGGCCGGAGAAGAAGAAGGUUAAACGAUAA